UCUGUUUUGCGGCUCCGAUUCGGUGUUUUCGGUGUUUUAAAUUUUAUUUUUGACAUUCAUUUGCCAGACAGAGAAUAUGUCAUCCAGCUUUAUUUAUAUUCCCUGACAAUUUCCAACCUGCUGCAGUUGCCCUUUUUACGUCCAACCCCUGUUCGUGUUGAACUUACAUUUCUCUCUGUAAACCCCUUCUAUCCGUAUCAUCAACAAUUUAAAUCUAAAUGUCCAAUCAUCCACAUCCGCCACCACCACCUCCAAGGAUACAUUUUGCACCAACGACGAAAACAACAGAGACGACGAUCAAACAGCCUUUGGUCGAAUUAAAAUGUGAUUUAGUCAAUAAUAAUUCCAAUAUAAUCCAACGUCAGCCACUGACAUUCAACACAUCAGGUGAGUGCAUUUGGGCAACCCAAUAUCCCGAGAUUCAAAAAGCAUGUUACCUGCGACGAGUUUGUCAAUUUGCCCCGCCGAAAGAGUUGCGCGUACAAAACGUUACUCCAAUUCUACAGAUGGGCCCAACAUGUGGUCUCACUGCUCUCAGCAUGUUCUUCGAGGGAUCCCCAUCGGCGAAAACGUUCCUAGAGAUGGCCAUAGCAAAAGGAUACUCUAACAAUGGAGAGAUGUUUAGUGCGCAACAGUUAAACGAUUUAUUUUCCAUUGGUUUGGAGGAUAACCGUCAUCUGGUGGAAUAUAAACCAGUCAUCCACACGCUGGUGGAAGGAAGCAUGGAUGAACCGAGCAUAAAAAUAAAAUUACGACUUGGAUCAAUAUUCUUGGUGCCAUAUGAUCCCGACCGGAAUCACACUCCAUGCCUCAACCGAGGUCACAAGGCUCAUUGGGCGUUAAUUACUGGUUAUCUAAUUGAUCAAUUUGAUGAUUACUACGUUUUCGCCCGACAUGGUAAAACACGAAACCUUGCCUUAUGGUCCCUUCGUGAUUUAGCUCUUAGCAAUGCCAAUCUAGUCGAGUUUUGCCAACCGAAUGGCUACCCAAAUGAAGUGUUCAUUUUACCGCAGGGUGGGAUUGGUGGUUACAAUGGUCUCCGUUGUAAAUUCAUAAUGAUCGAGCACUACAAAGCGAAGGAUGAAAUAGCAUUAUAGAAACCAGCGUAAAUAAAUAAACGUUUGAUGGAAAUCGUACGCAUAAACGUUAAGAGUAUCGCGUACUGCAUAUUUUGGUUUCAACAAAUUUUAACAAAUUUUCAGUUUUAGAUAUCUGUUCUACUAUUCAGUAUGCAUCAUUAAAUAAGUCAACAUAAGCGCCAAGAAAGCUGUAUCCGGUUAUAUUUACCAAUCCGUUACACAUAUCCGCCGAACUUGCGUAUCAACAGUAUUUGAAAGAAAAAAAAAUAUUUUUAAUUUGUCUCACGUUUUCUGAUGCUUUAUAAAUGGUGAACUUUAUCUGUUUCGCAUAU